CGCCCGCACCGCAAAAAACGGACGCCGCCACGAUGGCAUUUCCGAUUUUGCCGCGACGGGAGCGCGCUGUGUUGGGAAACCAAGGAGAAGAUGGACUUGGCCAUUCGCGUGAACGUGCGGUAUGCAGCGCCACCUAACUCACACAUCAAAGAUGCGCUGCGGCUGUUCAAGAGCCCACGGUGGGUUCAAAGCAUCAUCCGGUACAUCAUGCCACAGCUCAACAGUGUCUCGCCAGCGUCGGCUGCUUGCGUUGACGCACUCAAGAACAAUGUUGCACCGGUGUCGUGUGGGGACGCGUGUGUCGUGUGCAUGGAUAGCUUUGACAACGACUGCGUCGAACUCCCAUGCCGUCACAAGUUCCACAUGCCAUGCAUUGACCCUUGGUUGAAGCUCCACAGCACGUGUCCCACGUGCCGGUAUCAAUUGCCCACCGAUGCCUUUAGCAACUACAGCGUGUACGCCAUCAACACCACAAUCAUCCUGCAGCAAUCUCAAGCGAGCAUGCCAACCGCGCAACUUUUAGAACUUCCUGCAAGCAACCAAAUCAUCCGAGCUGUUGUGAACGCGCGAGUCCGACGCAACCCACCGACAUGUAGCUCUUCCUCGACAUCGGCGUCUCUGUCUACGACCACAGCGGCCUACUGCAGCGGUCUCUCAACGACGAUGCCACCUGUCAUGAAUGCCCGCAUCCUCCAGCACGACCACAUGGCAGACCUGGACACGUUCGACUCGUUGGACAACCAAUUGCACGAAUGUCUACCAACACAACGCAUGCCCACGAGGCAUCGUCGUGACAGUUCGCAGAUGCCCCUCUUGCAGCAGUCGCCGGCGCCACCGCUUACCCGACGUCGAUGUCGCGAAGUUGCUGCCAGCACCGGCAACAAACGGGCUCGGCUCGCGACAUCUCCGCCCGCAGAAAUCAUAGCGUCGUCCGUGUAGCCGUCGCCGCAUGUCCAUCUUCUCUAGCACACAGUUCAAGCCAUCCUCCCGCCACAGUCUCGAUUUUAAUUUAUCCAGCGAAGUUACUCUACAAUCGGUCACUUCAUGACACGCAUGGCGAGCUCGUGCAAGUCC